AUGGGCCUCGAUGGGUUUUCCAACCGCGGUGGUGUGGUUGCAUCACUACUAAAGAUGGAUGCCGAUCCCGACAUUCUUUUAGAAUGGAUCAGACCUCAGCGGAUGUCACAAAGUCCCCUUUACGAGCCUUCAUGGGAUGGGACUUGGGCUAAUCCAAGACCCAGUCAUCCUAUCAACUAUUUCCAUUUCAGCGUCCAUCGAUACGAUUUCGCUGAUCUCAUUAAGGUAUUGUGUCAGCAAGAACAAUAUGUUGAAUACAUCAACCUUCAUGAGAACCGCAUUCGGGUGCGGCGAGCAACCAUCUAUCACGAGUUAGAUCACAAAGCCCCGAUCGUGAACGGCCUAAUGAACCCUCAGCAAGAUGCAAACGGCAGCUUUCAGCAUCAAGCAGUGUUGGCCUUCAGAUACCAGCUUGAUUACAAUGGCGGAAUAGAAGCCAAGUUUGAGGAGCCACCCUAUUGGGAAUCUCGACCUGACUUUCCAACGUGUGGUUCGCUACCUGGGCAGCCUUUCAUGCCGUCAGACCCUCAAGAACAGCAGAGAACUAUCAGUCCGCGGCGGAAAGUACUCGAGGCUCUUCGUCAAGAAGACCCCAAGUCGACCGAAGAGAAAGUGGUGAUAUUCAGCGGUGACGUACACUUGGUCGAUCAGGAGGACUAUCAGGAACGCCGCCGCAGUGUAGUCAACAUGGGCCGGAUGACACCUCCAGCGCAUCGACCCACAGGACCAUUGCUGCCACCAUCGUUCAUACUCCGACCAGCUAAGCCCAUCCCGCUUUAUAUGUUGGGCAGGAAGCCCUUCUUACUGUACGGUCAGACAUUCCGCAGCCGACGGUCUCGCACGGCUGAUGACUGGGCUGGGUUACCAUAUGAGCCUUUUCCAGUGGCACACUUACUGGCGACGGACAGCUCAAGGCCUUUCGACAUGCAUGAGACGGAUCGAUAUGAGUCGUAUCCAACCGAGGCCAAAGAUCUAUGCCAGAGCACUAAAGAGGUCCAGACGGAAGUCAUGAAGGCAUUCGAACCCAAAGGCACCUGGUUUGCUUUCCUACAGGUUUUCCAGUGCUGCCGGAGACCGGAAUGCCGCAACAAUGGCCCGGCGGAUCCCCUUGGUCUCACAAAUUGCUGCAAUUGUACACAGCGAGAGCAUAUCAAACCUCUGCAUGGGAAGGUGUUCGACAAGCGCCAAGAGAAGCUCCAACGACAUGGCAUCCUCGAUCCAGAACCUUGGCCAUCAGCUCAAGAAGGUGCAUUACAAACCGGUUGGGACACCUGCCGCGAUGCUACAGGUCGCAUCGUCUACGUUGACUCCCGGACGGAUUCAUACACCUAUCUCCGUCCACUGGCAGCAUAUACUACCACGUCCGCAAGCGGAGACAUGCUUCCAAGUUGGACUAUGGUUCAGAGCAAUGAUGACGCCUCAAGCACCUUUGCUGCUUCAAGCCAUGAUUUCACCACCAGCCACGAUCCACGUUCUGCUUUCGGUAUGCCAGGAGCUCCAUACACCGUCAAGCUUUAUUCAUCUCUCUCGAGGGAAUUGGAUCUGAGGUUCGGCCCACUCCCACCACAAUACGCCGUUACGACUUCGGAUGGCAUGAUACUUUACAGAGACAGAGUAUCUGGGACCAGCACUAGAUUGGACCCGCGGUUAGCAUAG